AUGUCCUCCACCGGACCCAGAACCAGCAAUGGCAGCUCCUACACCGUCCUGGAGGAACCACUCGGCACGCCGCAGCAUCUUAGGGUUGUGAUGAUCGGCGGUGGAGCGAGUGGGCUGAAUGUCGCGCGGCAUAUGAAGCUGCAGAUGGAGAACUACGAGCUCCAGAUCUACGAGAAGAACGAGGAUGUCGGAGGGACGUGGUUUGAAAAUAGAUAUCCUGGCUGUGCUUGUGAUAUCCCCUCGCAUAACUACCAGUAUACCUGGGAACCUAACCCAGAUUGGUCGCAUUUUUACUCCGGCCAUAGCGAGAUUCUCCGCUACUUCCAAGGGGUUGCGUCCAAAUACGGCCUGUAUGACUCUAUCCGCCUGAACCACAAGGUGAUAAGUGCUGUAUGGGACGAAGCUUUGAAAAUAUGGAAGGUCGAAGUGCAGAAUGUGAGGACGAGCGAGGUCGUGCAGGACUGGUGCCAUGUCCUUCUUAAUGGAUGCGGUGUUUUGAACAAGUGGAAAUGGCCUGACAUCCCGGGCCUUCAUUCAUUUGCAGGGGAUCUUAUUCACAGUGCUGCCUGGCCCGAGGGCCACGAUCUGACAGACAAGACAGUCGCCGUGCUGGGAUGCGGGUCGUCUGGCGUGCAGAUUGUGCCAACCAUCCAGUCAAAGGUCAAAUCCUUGACGACUUUCAUCCGUACCCCAACUUGGAUCACGGCUGGAUUCGCGCAGCGACAUGCUGGCCCAGGAGGCGCCAACUUUGCCUUCAGCGACGAGCAGAAAGCCCGGUUCAGAGAGCAUCCGGAUGAAUAUCUCCACUACAGGAAGGAAAUUGAGGGAGAACUCAACCAGCGGUUCCGAUUUAUAAUUGCUGAUAGCCAGGAACAAGCAGAAGCCCGGGAAUACUCUACCAAGGAGAUGACGACCAAGCUUUCCGACGACGAACGUCUGGUAAAUGCGUUGCUGCCUGAUUUCGCGGUCGGCUGUCGACGUCCAACUCCUGGGAAUGGAUACCUGGAGGCUCUGACCAGGGAGAAUGUCCGCGUCGUUACGGAGCGCAUCUCUCACGUUGUGCCGGAGGGAAUUGUCUUGACAACGGGCGAGGUCAUUAAGAUAGAUACGUUCAUCUGCGCCACGGGGUUCGAUCUCUCAUUCACGCCGAGUUUCGAGAUAGUAGGUCGUCAGGGCAAGACAAUGGCCGAGCAAUGGAAGAGUAAACCAACGGCAUAUUUGUCUUUGGCUGUUCCAAACUUCCCGAACUAUUUCAGUGAGCUCAACCGCCUAUCCCCAAGUUCCUCGCCAGGUACUGACUCUUCUUCUUCUCCUUCUUCAGUGUUCCUCGGUCCAAACUCCCCAGUCGGCCACGGCAGCAUACUACCAAUAAUCGAACAUACCACCAAGUACGUGAUCAACUUCCUAAAGAAGAUACAAACGCAGGACAUCUGCUCCGUUACGCCAUCCCAGGCAGCAACAGCGGACUACGAUACCCACGUCUCGACAUUCAUGCAACGGACCGCAUGGGCGACGCCCUGCCGCAGCUGGUUCAAAAACGGCACUGUCGAUGGGCCCAUCACGGCCCUGCACCCUGGCAGCCGUAUCCACUGGUUCCAUAUGCUGGGUGACAUCCGCUUUGAGGACUGGGAGUUUGAAUAUCGCUCGGCAAACCGGUUUCGAUACCUGGGGAACGGGUUUUCGAUUAGGGAGGCCGCGGGGAAGGAUACGACGAGGUAUUUUCAGGACCCGGAAGAGGGAUAUAGGGCUUACUGA